AUGGCGGCACCCCUGGCCCUGGCAUUGGCACUGCCCCUGGUGCUCUCCCUGCUCUGCCUGGCACCGGCGCCCGCCUUGGGAGGAUGCCCGUGGGCUUGCCGGUGCUCUUUUAUCAUGGUGCAGUGCCAGGAGGCCAAUAGCAUCACCAGCAUCCCGGCGCUGGUAGCCCAAGAGAGCGAGAACGUGACGGAGAUCUUUAUAGAAAACCAAGCGGGCCUGGAGAACAUUACAGAAAUUGAUUUUGUCAACUACAAAGAACUGAAGAACCUCACCAUCACAGACUGUAAACUGAGGCUGAUCUCUGCCAACGCCUUCCAGAACAACCCCAAGCUCCAAUACGUGAACCUUGCAUCAAACUCCCUGGAGUAUAUCAGCUGGAAGGUGUUUCAUUUUCUGCCGCUGCUCAACCUGGUUUUGAAGGACAACCCUCUCGUUUGCUCAUGUGAUAUCCACUGGCUGCAGCAGUGGCAGCGUAAUGAACGCGGUGACCUGGAAAACCAAGUCUUGUAUUGCAAGUCCGACAACCAGGAAAUCCCACUGAACUCUUUGGAGCUGGAUAAUUGCAGUCUGCCUGAGGUGGUGAUUCGAGCCUCUGACAGUAAGAUCCAGGAGGGGGGCAACCUGACGUUUGAGUGCCACGUGACAGGAAGUCCCACUCCGACGGUGACCUGGGCACUGGAUGGCCUGGCUUCUCAAUACAACAUCCAGGGGAGAAUCUGGGACUCCAUGGUAGAGCUUGUCCUUCACCUCACCAAGGUUUCCUCCAGCGACAACCUCCACAACCUGACGUGCCAGGCCGAGAACCAAGCUGGGCCCGGGGAGGAGAUGGUGCAGUUGGACAUAGAGUUUCCAGUCAAAAUCAUCUUCCUGAGAGACGCUGAAUCCCAGCACCACUGGUGUUUCCCCUUCGCUGUGGACGGCAAUCCUGAGCCAUCCAUCCGCUGGCUGUACAACGGCUCAGCGCUCACAGAGACCCGCUACACCUACACCCAGCUCAUCCCUGACACAGACGAUGGAUCGGUGAAACACGGCUGUCUGUUCCUCAACAAGCCCACUCACCUCAACAACGGCUACUACACUAUCAUAGUGGAGAACAAGCUAGGACGCGAUGAGGCCACCGCCACUGGGAAGUUCAUGGACAACCCCUUUGAUCCAUUUGAUCCUGAGGGGAUAAUCCCAGUCCUUUCAACAGAUCCCUCAGUUUCCACAAACAAAUCGGAUGGGGACGUCACAGAGAACGCGGAAACUCGAGUGUUUGGCGUGUCUGUGGCCGUGGGGAUGGCUGUGUUUGCCUGCACCUUCCUUCUCAUCAUGGUUUUGGUUAUUAACAAGUGCGGCCAGCAUUCCAAGUUUGGCAUUCAUCGUUCAUCAGUCUUGGGCACUGAGGAUGACCUGGCGGUGUCGCUCCGUUUCAUGAACUUCGGAGGCAGCCCUCCCUCCUCAGAUGAGGACUCUGGCCUAUCCAGCUUUGUUGAAAAUCCACAGUACUUCUGUGGUAUCAUCAAGGACAAAGACAUGUGCGUCCAGCAUAUCAAGAGGCAGGACAUUGUGCUGAAGUGGGAGCUGGGUGAAGGAGCGUUUGGCAAAGUCUACCUGGCAGAGUGUGCCAACCUCAGUCCUGACAGUGACAAGAUGUUGGUUGCCAUCAAGACUCUGAAGGACGCCAAUGAGUCGACCCGGCAGGACUUCCAGAGGGAGGCCGAGCUGCUGACGGUGCUCCAGCACCAGCACAUUGUGCGAUUCUACGGAGUGUGUACGGACGGAGAGCCACUGGCCAUGGUGUUUGAGUACAUGAGGCAUGGAGACCUCAACCGCUUCCUCAGAGCCCAUGGUCCUGACGCUCGUAUCCUGGAGGAGGUGAAGAUGCCCCCGCUCGGUCAGCUCACUCUGCCCCAGAUGCUGCACAUCGCCGCCCAGAUCGCCUCUGGCAUGGUCUACCUGGCGUCGCUGCACUUCGUCCACCGAGACCUGGCAACCCGCAACUGUCUGGUGGGAGAGGGCCUGGUGGUCAAAAUCGGUGACUUUGGCAUGUCACGUGACAUCUACAGCACAGACUAUUACCGGGUGGGUGGACGCACCAUGCUGCCAAUCCGCUGGAUGCCGCCGGAGAGCAUCAUGUACAGAAAGUUCACCACGGAGAGUGACAUCUGGAGCUUCGGCGUGGUCCUCUGGGAGAUCUUCACCUACGGCAAACAGCCUUGGUACCAGCUGUCCAACAGUGAGGCCAUCGAGUGCAUCACGCAGGGCCGGGAGCUGGAGAGACCACGCACUUGUCCCAAGGAGGUCCACCUCCUGAUGCAGGGCUGCUGGCAGAGAGAGCCCCAGCAGAGGCUCGUCAUCAAGGACAUCCACAGCCGCCUGCUGGCUCUGGUCAAGAACCCCCCAGUUUACCUGGACAUCCUGGGAUAG